AGUACUUGUCGGUAUGGUCGACUGCCGACUCAGUGCCAUUCGAAGACUCAGUAAUGCUGUGUAUAUGGAUCUGAAUGAGAUCCGAGGUACACGAGAUUUUGGAUCACCACAGGUCACUGCAUUCGAGGAUAUAGACGUCGAGCGGCCUUCCUUUCUCUCUACCAAUCACACGGCUGUGAUCCACUUUGACAAACCCUCCAUCCAUAUGGAUGGCAAUGAAGUUGUAUUGAACUACGAGUCAUCCUAUCCCAUACACUUCCGCUACCAAGAGCCCUUGACCACAUUGGAGAGCAUUGGCCACAAUGCGUAUAGGCCAGCUGAUCUACACCCCUUAGAGGGAUAUUUACAGUGCAACGACACCAAGUGGCGCAAAUUGAUACCGGAAACCAUGCCGAUUGCUCAUACCUGUCGUAUUCCUGUUGGAAAGUUGUCCGAUGCGCCAUUGGUGCUGGGUGGCACGCUAGCUGUGUCUGUAGCAGCGUUCGCCUAUAUCUUGGUUGCUGUUCUGAGGUUGUCAAACAGUCGCCACAUUGCGAGGCAGAAGCAAAAGGAUCCAUGAUACUUGGGUGGGCGAUCACUAACCUAGAAUUGUAGUGCGAGUGACGGAGUAUUGUUAAUCGCCUGUGAGACUGCUUCAUGCUCGUCGGUGUAUGCUUGCACUGAGAGAAGCUGGACGGCUUGCUAAAAAUCUACUAUCGAUGGAUGCGCGGACAUUAAUCCACUUCCAAUCAAUAUUCAUCUUACAAUUUUCAUUGUUGCAAUUUGGUUAGAAUUACUCCAGUUUGGUUGACCGGAGCCUCCAAUUAUGAGUGAGACCCAGGGUUAACAUUGUGGUGGCAUUAUAGGCUCACCGUGCUGCCGUUUAACUGAUAGCAACGUAUUGUUCUAACCCUAGCGUGAAGAAGGGAGAGCGCACCACCAUGUCAUGCGGAGAUUCUACUGUAGAAUAAGGUCGCUGGCAUAAUACAAAAUGUUCUAUAAGCCACAAUCACAGCAACGAUGAAUUGAAGCCCACAGUCGAUUCAGACCGUGACCGGAAGGCAUUCAUGAGUACACACAUGUGCGCUUAGACUCCUUUGUAUCAUUGUGAAUUGUGCGAAAGGACACUCCAGAAUUCUAGGUCAGUAUCCCAAAGGGCCGAUCCCGCGCAGGUGAACGAAGUCGCGAAAAUCACGAUCAUCGACAAGUGAUUUCUGAAGCAAGCCAUGGAAGGCGCAUCAGUAGCGAACGAAUAUCAUGUGUGCGCACAAGAAAAAACACAAUGAUGUCAGAAGACUCGCAGAUAAAUCUAAGUAGCUCGGCAAACUCCCAUGGACGGUUAAAAAAUACGCCAUAAUAGCGACCUCCGCAAGCGGAGCAUGCAAACUGUAAAACAUAGCGCCUG